GCCGUGUGAAAAUAGCAGACUAAAAGUUCUUAGUUAACUGCAGCAAGGGAGACUCGGACAGGAAUACAAAGUGGGUUUAAUUCUAAGUCCUUUUGGGACUGAAUUUAGAAAUAUAUUGCAUUGGCCAUGUGAAGAUCAGAGCAGGACCAGCAUCAAAAUAGUGACAGACAGUUUUGAAUGCCAUGGUCUAUGUAUACUCAGAGUCUUUUUAUUAAAGAAGAUAAAGAGCCUAGCAGAGAUUGUGUCCUCUUCUUCACGCAACUGCAAAAUCAAAAGUUAAGGAACAGCAUCUGAGGGCACUUUUUAGUUGGGAAAGAAUCUAGAGGAUGGCUCUAAAUGAUUGCUUGCUUCCGAAUGUGCCCUGCAACAUCUCCAGUCACAGUGUGGAUCUCCCCAUGAACGAGGACUGGUUCCACCCAGGGAUCCUCUAUGUCAUCCCUGCAAUUUAUGGGGUCAUCAUUCUGAUAGGCCUCAUUGGCAACAUCACCCUGAUCAAGAUCUUCUGUACCGUGAAGUCAAUGAGAAAUGUACCAAACCUGUUCAUCUCCAGUCUGGCUUUGGGAGACCUGCUCCUCCUGGUAACGUGUGCUCCCGUGGAUGCCAGCCGGUACCUGGCUGACAGAUGGCUGUUUGGCAGGAUUGGCUGCAAACUGAUCCCCUUUAUACAGCUUACCUCGGUGGGGGUGUCUGUCUUCACACUCACAGCUCUCUCGGCCGACAGGUACAAAGCCAUCGUCCGACCAAUGGAUAUCCAGGCCUCUCAUGCCCUGAUGAAGAUCUGCCUCAAAGCCGCAUUGAUCUGGGUCAUCUCCAUGCUUCUGGCCAUCCCAGAAGCUGUGUUUUCUGAUCUACAUCCUUUCCAUGAGGAAAGUACAAAUCAGACCUUCAUUAGCUGUGCCCCAUACCCACACUCUAAUGAGCUGCACCCCAAAAUCCACUCCAUGGCUUCCUUCCUGAUUUUCUACAUCAUCCCACUGUCAAUCAUUUCUGUCUACUACUACUUCAUUGCCAAAAAUCUGAUCCAGAGUGCUUACAAUCUGCCUGUGGAAGGAAAUAUACAUGUCAAGAAGCAGAUUGAAUCCCGGAAGCGCCUUGCCAAGACAGUUCUGGUGUUUGUGGGCCUCUUUGCCUUCUGCUGGCUCCCCAACCAUGUCAUCUACCUGUACCGUUCCUACCACUACUCCAAGGUGGACACCUCCAUGCUCCACUUUGUCACCAGUAUCUGUGCCCGCCUCCUGGCCUUCACCAACUCCUGUGUCAACCCUUUUGCCCUUUACCUGUUAAGCAAGAGUUUUAGGAAGCAGUUCAACACCCAGCUCCUCUGUUGCCGGCCUGGCCUGUUGACCCGCUCUCACAGCACUGGCAGAAGUACCACCUGCAUGACCUCCUUCAAGAGCACCAACCCUUCCGCGGCUACCUUCAGCCUUAUCAAUGGAAACAUCUGUCACGAGGGGUAUGUCUAGACUGACCUUUGAGCCUGCCCCCUUGGAGACCCCUGGUUUUGCUU